GAAAAAUCCUCGGUUCUUUCGUCGAUUGACUUAGAAAAACAUCGGAAUUUCAUUAAUAAUAAUUUAUUAUCGAAAGAUUUUAACAAGGACAAAUAGAUCGAAUAAAAUAAAGGAACAUAAAAAAGCAUUGAGGUAACAUUCGAUAAUAGAAAUUAGAAAGAAAUUCGAAUGGAAAUUUUUCGGUUCGAUGAUUAGCUCGAUUAGAAAUCACAAUCGCGCGUUAAAACUUUCGAUGCCCGUGAAAGUGGUCGCGUGGAUCUUUUUGGGUCCAGCGACCGCGCCAGCAGCCCGAGGUGAAUUCUCUCUUUUUCAUUCUCUCUUUUGUUCGAUUUAUUACAAAGAGUAUAAGAAAGGAAGAAAGAUAUUCUCUUUCCUUUAGCGACGAAACAGGGGAGACGUGUUUUCUCGCGACGGUACUGUUGCACGAGUGAAAGUCCCCGAGUCAAAUAUUUUUUCGCGGCUGUGUUUCGUGGACCCGUUUUGCGAUCUUCCUAUACGACUUCUUAGCGCCUACGUAUCGAUACUCGAUACCUUCGAUCUCGCGUAUUCUCUUUCGUUCUUAUUUCUCGAAGUAGGUUUGAAGUUACUUUAGCGUAAGAUAAUGGGGCACAGCUGUUUUAUAACACUCAUAACGACAAUUAUCAUAGAUGUAAUAAUACUCGUUGGCACGAGUGCGAUGGUGUGUCUCGUUGUAAACUCGUUUGAAACUCGUUGAAGGAUAUUGGCCAUGAGAAUUAUACAGCGUUCUAUAUUCUAACUAGCGUUCUAACUUGAGAAUUAGUCGAUAGGAACUUUACGGAUUUUAUGGAAAUACGUAUGAAAUUGAAUCGAAGGGAAAGAAACGGCGGCAGGAAAUUGUUAAAAUCUUUCGUGUUCGAUCAACGUCCAGAUCGAAAUCUUGAUCGUAGUCUCGAUCGUCUCUCGUUCGGCUUUUGUAACUGUUUGUCGAUCGACAUUCCAGGGUGCACCGUGUGUAAUACGUAAACAUCGAGGAACGGGCCCGACAGGACGGUGCCGACGUGAAAGUGGUCGGCUGGAAGUGGCGGAAUGCGGAGUGUCGGCCGCCGCACAGCGUGUACGUUGAUCAACGCUACUAGCUAAUUGGACUAUGUAUCGUUCGCCUACUCCUCCACUUUUAUUGUACUACUAUAUGUAUUAUAUAUGAACUAGAAAGAACGAUAAUGGCGUAAGACUCUUUACUUUUCGUUCAUCGUUCCAUUCGAUUACUCUCAUUAAUCGUAUCGUACCGUUACGUACUCUUGAUCGGAAUUCAAGCAAACGAUAGAUACUCGAAACUAUCUAUCCAUCUAUUUAUCGAUCGAUCGAUCGAUCGAUCGAUCUAUCAACAGAAUACAUGAAUUUCGCAAGAAUAGAAAGAAAUUUACGGAAGAAGAACGACGAAUCGGAUCGUGUUUAUCUGGGCCAUUAAAGAAAGCGUUACGAGGUCGAAAAUUUUCUGCCGUCGAGAAGAUAAAAAGAAACGGUGCUACGAGAGGGGAGUAAAACGGGCAAAAGAUACGCGUCGUAUAAACCCUCGUACAGAUAGGUGCGUGGGAUCGACGUAUUCUAGAUUUAUAUUCCUGAGGUUCGUCGAAGAGGGGUAGAGGCGCGAAAGGAGAAAAAGAUUUUUCCCAGAGAGACAGGAGGAAAAUAACGAAGGAUUUUAUCCACGAGUAGAAUGGAGACCAACGUUGGAGGACAAGUGCAAACGUCGAGAGGAAGGAAGAAAAAUGUUGCGAUGUCGGUGAUGACAGAAGAGAGAAGAAUCGUGCGUUACAAAGACGACGGUAGGUCGUUCUAAAAGAGCAUGCCGCGGUGGUUACUCGCCCUGGACGAACCAGCAUCGAACCCAUGCGGUAGCAUUGUUAUCGGCCACGAACCAUCGGGGUUAAACUGUUGGACCGUAUCAGGGGAUGCUCGAACGCGAGAAAGUCCGUACCGGUGCCGCAAUCGCAACGGCCUUGACAGUCUCAACUGGGAACCGGAUCAGUCUAGACGGCGUCGUUUCAUCCCUGCAAUUACCGAACGAUCGGUACGCCUGUAACCCCGAUAGCAUUUAUUCAGUCCCUAGAAACGAUCUUCACGAAGUGGAAUGGGUAGAACCUGAUUCGGUGGAUGCCGAAGUAUCAAGAUUAGUAGCAGGAUCGUCGACAACGACGACGACGACGACGAUUACGCGAAAUAAUCCAAGACGAUGUUGCAGAACUUCGACCAGUUCGGGCUACUCGAGCCACUCGCCGCCUUUAUCAGCAGGUUCCUAUUCCUGUUACGCGUCUGCUGUACCUGGUCAGAGUAUUUUUCGUUCAACAGCUCCGCAAACGAUGAAAGAUCAAUUCGGAGGAGGUCUCGCAGUAAUACACGAGGGCGAAGCAAUUCCACGUCCCAUAUGGCCGUCUGUCUUUACCAGUGUACCACAAGAAUUCUAUAUCCGCGAUGACGGCAAAACCGAAUACGAUAGAAUGUACACGUGUUGCGGAUGCGGUUGUACGUACACUUAUUCGUGCUACGAUUGGAAUUACGGCCGACCGACGGGAACGUCAGCGCGCGAGAUUCUUCUAGAAUUAUCAAGGACAUUGAACUCCGUUAUAGAAGGUGAGACGACGAUGACACCCGAAGAGAUUUUACAAAAUAUAUCGAAAACCGUGGCUCAGGGGAUAAAUCUGAAGAAGAGUAGUAUAUACGAGUACGUACGUCACAAUCCAGCAUGGUUGAAUGACGGAAAGAACACUUCGUCAAUUUUGAGCAGUAAAAAUUCGUCACAGUCGACUGGAAAGGAUUCGUCGUCGCUUCAAAGUCGUACGAAACACUCGUCUUCCUCGUCAUCGACGAGGGUAAAUCCGGUGAAUUCGAAAGUUUACGGUAGCACCCGUAGAUUUUAUAAUUCGGCUUGGUCAACGUCUAGAUGUACCUGCGACCCAUCUAAUAGAAACGUCGAAUCAUCGAGAUGCAAAAAGACUAGGCCGGAAUUGGAAAAGAAGUCGUCUUCAAGUACGGAGAUUCAUUGUCAAAAACCAUUGGGUUUGUGUACCUGUAAAUGCUUUAAAGACUCGACUCAGCAAUCUAGAAGGAAACAGAGUACUUGUACCAGUGUUCAGAUCGGAGAUAGUGAGAAACAGUCGAUCGUUGGACUAGACGGUUUAAAUCAAAAUCGAAAUGGUCUUGUUUCUGAUGAACCAGAAUACACGAUGCAGUUGGAGUGUAGCGACGGUGGUUCCUCGAACGAAGGGAUAGUCGUGCCGUCGACGAAAGGUGCCUGGAAUCAUCACAACACGAGAGGAUUCAUCGGUGAUUUGGAUUUCACGUUGGACGUCACGCGUGCCGAACGUUUGGGUCGAGCGAUUGCGAAAGCGAAAAGGAAUCGGCAAUGGUGCAGAGCUCUGACCACUUUAUUUGGACUAGUCUUUUUUGUUUUAAGCGUCGUCGUCGUUUCGUUGUCGGUGACAAGGGGUCGAAAAGUUUUCGGUAGCAUGUGAAAAAGCUUUUUUUUAAGGAACUAAAGCGUCUUGCGACUGAUACUCUUUGCUAAGUACGUAUUUCUCAGUACCUUAUACCAGUUAAGUAAAAAUCCGCAGGGUUCAGGAAGGGUCCUGCAAGCAAUAUAUGGCUGUGACCAUGUCCUUGUAUAUCUUAUGUUUUAAAUGAUGUGUGUAUUCCGAAAGCAAUGGCAUUAAAUAAAGAGAAGACGAUAAGA